AUGAUGAUGUCGGGUCAAAAUGUUUCCGACUUUGACAAGCAAAACGUGAAGCUGAUGUCUCCUCGUUUGCUCUCUCUCGUUCCUGAAGGAACUGACGAUGACGUGGUGAAUACUGCUGAGACCGCUUUGGCAUGUUGUUCAAACGUUAACGUUCUUCUCCAGGUCAAUUUACUUUCUCCUUCGAUAUUCUCUUUGCACAAUGAAGGCCAAGGUAUCGAAGAUGAACUGAGCUUGGCAAAGGCUCUCAAAUUGAUUGAUGAACAAGGGCACGAGGAAUGGUUAAACUUUGUCAUUGAAGCUGCAGGAGUUACCGAUGCCUUAUCGAAAAUGAAGGUUCUUUUGAGUUUUUGGUUUCUGUUUGCAUUCAGUUGUUACGAAUCUGACUGUUGUAAAAAGGAUGCUAAUGCUGCAACCGAAAAGAGGCAGUUGGAUGAGCAAUUUCGUGAUGAGAAGGGUCAGCCUCUUUACUUCACCAAGGAAAACGUCACAGAGAUGUAUGGUCCAAGUGAAAGAAAAAAGAUCGAUGUCUUCGAGGAGCUCCAACGAUCGCUCUCAAAAGAACAGGUAAAUCCAUUGUCUAAAACUGUAUGA